AUGUUGCCUCCCAUGGCCCUCUGGAUGUUUCUCUCCUGCCUGAUGCUUGUAUCUCAGGUCCAAGGUGAAGAUAUACAAAAGGAACACCCCAAUGUUCGGACCAGGUGUCCAAAAGGCUCUAUGGCUUAUUUCUCGUACUGCUAUGCCUUAUAUACAAAACCCACUUCCUGGAUGGAUGCAGAAAUAGCUUGCCAGAAACGGCCAUCAGGACAUCUCGCAUCCAUACUCACUGGGUCUGAGGCAUCCUUCGUGUCUGCCCUGAUCAAGAAUAGUUUUAUUCUUCACUCCUAUGUUUGGAUUGGGCUUCAUGACCCCACAGAGGGUCUUCAACAUAAUGGAGGUGGAUGGGAAUGGAGCAACACUGAUGUGAUGAACUACCAUGCCUGGGAGAAAGAUCCCCCCAGCAGUCCAGACUUCGGUUACUGUGGAACUGUGACACAAAACUCAGGUUUCCGGAAGUGGAAAGAUUAUAACUGUCAUAAAAAGUUACCCUAUAUCUGCAAAUUCGAGAACUAG